CUGUGAGUAAUCGAACAUUUUUCGUUUUCCUUAUUUAUUUGAAAAUGACGUUUCAAUCUCCUAUGCCCAGCAGGGAGUUCUUGUGGGACGUUUUCCAGAGGGUCGAUCGGGACAGGAGUGGAUUCAUCAGUGCUGAUGAGCUUCAACAAGCUCUGUCUAAUGGGACAUGGAGCCCUUUUAAUCCAGAAACAGUCAGAUUAAUGAUAGGUAUGUUUGAUCGUCACAACAAAGGCCAAAUUAGUUUUGAAGACUUUGGAGCUCUGUGGAAAUAUGUAACAGACUGGCAGAAUUGUUUUAAAUCGUUCGAUAGAGAUAAUUCAGGAAAUAUUGAUAAAGAUGAACUGAAAAUAGCUUUAACAUCGUUUGGGUAUAGACUUUCUGACAAUUUAGUAAGUACAAUGGUUAGAAAAUUCGAUAGGCAUGGAAAUGGAACAAUACUCUUUGACGAUUUCAUACAGGCUUGCAUUGUACUUUAUACUCUCACUUCAGCUUUCAGACAAUACGAUACAGAUCAAGAUGGCUAUAUAACAAUCCACUAUGAACAAUUUUUGAGUAUGGUAUUUGGCUUAAAAAUUUAAGAUACAUUCUACAACAUGGUUCUUCCAAAUUUUAUAUUCUAUUUAUAAGAUAAUCUUUUAUAUUUAUGUACGUGAUAUCUUGGCUAUAUUCUGACCAGAUGUGACUAAGUAUUUUGUCAAUUGCACUACACAAAUAUCUUUAUGUCACAGAUAAAACAAUAUUAAGGUAUUUUACUGGAAACAUAACUUAAGCAGGCCAUUUAAAGACUUAAUUAGAUCUCAGGGAUAUAAUCAUGCCUAUUUUUUAUAAUAUUUAUAGUCUACUAAAUUUAUUAACUGCAAAGAGUUAAUAUAGAUUUGCAUAAUUCAGCAUUUUUGUAGUUAACUUCUUAAUUCAAUUAAGCAUUAAUUUAAGCAGUUAACAUGAAUUGUUUGUACAUUAUUGGCGCAGAGAUAAUAUAUAAACCUUACUGUUGUGCAAUCAUUUUAAUUAUGUGCCACUAAAAAAACGUAAAAUAAUAGAAUUAUAAUCCCGAAUAUUGUUUUAUGUGUGUGUGUGUGUAUUCUAUACAGGAUAUCUUUUAAAUAAGUGCAUAAUUUUUAACUGGUAGUACAAUAAAAUAUAUUUUUUUUGACGAAACAACAUUACAAAAAUUAAUUAAUUUAAAUUAAGCUUCAUUCAGAACCUCGCAAUUAAUGGAAUAAAUUAGUGGUUUCAAUUAGCGUAGAAGUUUGUUCCUCUUAUUUCAAUGUAAGCAUUCAGAACGUCAAAAUUAGUGGUAGUAAUUUUCAAUUAGUAGAAAAAGUUAACAAACUUUUUACUUUUCCACUUAUUAUAAUUUACGAGGAAUUAUCAUCCGUCAAGAGAAAUUGUGGUUAGAAAUCAAAAGUUGAUUGUUUUAUAAGCUAAUUAUUAGGCUUUCUAUAUGAAUACAACUGACUACCGCAAGCUGUGUACCUACCGUGUGCUUUUAAAUGUGUUUUUUAGACAUUGUAAACUAAAAAAUAUAAAGUGUAAUUGAAACCACUAAUUUAUCCCACUAAUUUCGAGAUUCUGAAUGAACCUUUAGUUAAAUUAGAUUAAUUUAUACAGUUAAUUUUAGAAAAAAAUCAAAGUCAGAUAACUCAGUCGUUUCUAAUUGAUUUUAAUAGC